AUGUGGGGAGAGGUUGUUUACAGCAGCCCGGCCCCGGGAGCUUUAACCCGGCCGGCGGCUCGGCUCGGCUCGGAGCGGGGCUCCGCGUCAAUCCCGGAUCCCCCGCUGCUGGAUUCCCGAAUCCCGGAUCCCCCGCUGCUGGAUUCCCGAAUCCCGGAUCCCCCGCUGCUGGAUUCCCGAAUCCCGGAUCUCCCGCUGCUGGAUUCCCGAAUCCUGGAUCCCUUAGAAUUCCAUCUCCCAAAUCCCGGAUCCCCCGCUGCUGGAUUCCCGAAUCCCGGAUCCCCCGCUGCUGGAUUCCCGAAUCCCGGAUCCCCCGCUGCUGGAUUCCCGAAUCCCGGAUCUCCCGCUGCUGGAUUCCCGAAUCCUGGAUCCCUUAGUGCCAAAUUCCCCAAUCCCGGAUCCCCCGCUGCUGGAUUCCCGAAUCCCGGAUCCCUUAGUGCCAGAUCCCCCAAUCCCGGAUCCCCCAAUCCCGGAUUCCCAAAUCCUGGAUCCUCCAAAGCCAGAUCCCCCAAUCCCGGAUCCCUCAAUCCCGGAUUCCCCAAUCCCGGAUCCCCCAGUCCCGAAUUCCCCAAUCCUGGAUUUUCCAGUCCUGGAUCCCCCAAUCCCAGAUUCCUCAAUCCCAGAUCCCCCAAUCCCGGAUUCCCAAAUCCUGGAUCCUCCAAAGCCAGAUCCCCCAAUCCCGGAUCCCUCAAUCCCGGAUUCCCCAAUCCCGGAUCCCCCAGUCCCGAAUUCCCCAAUCCUGGAUUUUCCAGUCCUGGAUCCCCCAAUCCCAGAUUCCUCAAUCCCAGAUCCCCCAAUCCCGGAUUCCCAAAUCCUGGAUCCUCCAAAGCCAGAUCCCCCAAUCCCGGAUCCCCCAAUCCCGGAUUCCCAAAUCCUGGAUCCUCCAAAGCCAGAUCCCCCAAUCCCGGAUCCCCCAAUCCCGGAUUCCCAAAUCCUGGAUCCUCCAAAGCCAGAUCCCCCAAUCCCGGAUCCCUCGAUCCCGGAUCCCCCGAUCCCGGAUUCCCCAAUCCCAGAUUCCUGAAUCCCGGAAGCCUCCGGCAGCUCCACAGUCAGCAGGUGCUCCUCAGUUCCCUGGAGGAGCAGAUCCCAGGAUUCCCGGCGUGCUGGAGGGCGCAGGACCCGCUCCAAGCCCCGUCCCUGCCCGCUCCCGGCAUUCCCGAGAGAUCCGUGUCCAGCAGCAUCGACGUUCCCAAAAGGUCGGUGCCUUGUCCUGGGAUCCCAAAUCCUGGGAUUCCCCAAGGUGACAAUGACACCGUGUCUCCUCUGUAG